AUGUGGGGGGGCUCCCGCGCCGUCUGGAAGAGGAGGUUCAGCUGCUAUGGUCCCUGGGAGACGGCCGAGAGCUGCAUCGUGCGCACCUCCGCCAGCGUCUACCGCCGGCUGCAGGAGAGCCCGCGGCAGCCCCCGCGGGGCAUGAGCACCCGGGGACCCUCCCCGCGGCCCCCCAGCAGCCCCCCGGCCGGCGGGAGACUCCUCAAGUCCGAGUCGGAGGACUCCGGGGUGGAGAUGGCCAGCAACGAGCACUCGCCCUGCACCCCGCUGGGCUCCGAGAGCAGCUUCUCCCUCGACGGCUUCGCGGCGGAGAAUCCCCCCGGGGAGGAGCCGGGCCCGGAGCCCCCCUGCACCCCCCGGAGCCGCUCUGCCGGCAGGAAGCUGCUGCAGGCAGCGCAGCGGAGCAGGAGGCAGCGAUGCCCGCGACAGCUCAGCCGGCGCAGCGCCAGCACCGCCGACCUGGGGGAGCCCCCGAGGGACCCCCGGGAGCCCGAGGAGCCCGAGGGGGCGGCGGCCCCCGCGGCUGGAAGGGCUCGGCCGCCCGGCAGCCCCCGAGACCCCCGGGCUGUGCCCGAGGGGCAGGGGCUGCGCUACCUGGAGCACGUCUGCCAGAUGCUGGAGCGCCUGGCGCGGCUGCAGCAGGACAACAGGAUCCUCCGGCAGCAGGCGGCCGAUGCCCGGCGCGCCCGCCCGGGCACUCUGCCCACCCGGGAGCCCCCGAGGCAGGAUUCGGCGGCGUGGAGGGGUGAGGGGUUCCGGCCGCGCUCCUGCUCCGACAGCCAGGCACCAGCCCCCGAGCCGUGCCGGAGGAUGUGGGGGCACUCUGCCAGCUCCCCCAGCCUGCUGGACCCCUCCGAGAGCGGGGCGGGUGCCCCGGCACCAGACAAGGACGGGCGCUCGCACUGGGGCCGGGUGAAGGUGCUGCUCACCCGCCUCACCCGCCGCUCGCUCCGGGGUGGCCGGUGCAGGUAGGACGGGGGGCGGGUCCCGCUCCCACCGAUGCUCCUGGAUGGAGGGACCGCGCUGUGCUAUUGCGUCACACCCCGCCCUACGACGUCACGCCCGCCCGGGGCCGGUCCCCGGCGCCCCCCCCCCCUUCACCCUUUUUUUCUUUCCCCCUCCUCCUCAAUAAAGUCUUUUCACUGGUAAAGAGGUGAGGUGCAGUCGCGCGUGACGUCACUCCCCCCCUCAACCCGCCGUGACGUCACGCGAGGGCGCGUCACGGCCGCAUCACUUCCGACGGCUUUUUCCGCCCCUUUUGUCCGACCGGGCCCGUUCCCACGGGCUGUUCCAGCGGCUGCCGCCCCUCUCUUCGAGCCCCCUCUCCCGGGGUCCCCUCCCUGACCCUCCUCCCAGCUCAGCCCCGGGGCUGGGCAGGCUCCUAGGGGUGGUUUCGCUGCCUCAGGAGGGGGGUAAAGCUUGUCCUCCCUGCCAGACCUCCCCCUCUAACACCCUGCUCCCCGCAAACUGCCGGUGGGGAGGGCGCGCCGGAGCCGGGGAGGGGUGGGGAUGAUGCUCCCGGGCUCGUCGCGGGUGGGGAGGAAGGAGCGGGUGUCCCUCGGGGUGGUCCCCAACCCGCAGGGCUGUUUUGGGGAUGGGUGAGGAGGGGGUCGGGCCGGGGGUGAUGCUGUUUUGGCGCUGCUGGAGCCCCUCAUCGCGUCCACGGGUCGGGUCUGGCAGGAGAGGAAGACGCAGGUGGUCUCCAACCAGCGGCCAAUCCCGCAGCCUCUCCAGAGCCCUCCCGGCACCGCUCCCACCCACACACCCCGGGGGCAUCCUCGGAGCUCCGAUCUCCUCCAUCCCACCGCUCCUUCCCGGGAAACGACCCAGGUGAGGAGGAGGAGGAGGGAGGUCUGAGCCUUUCUCUCCCAUCCUGGGAUCACCCGGAGCACAGGAAAGCUCCCAGGCACCUGACCAGGAAAACCAAGGUGUUGACCCAGGUGUGUGCUGGUGCUGGCAGUCCUGGCAAGGGUUAAUUCACCCAUUUUUGGGGGAAAAACCUUUGGGAUUGGUGCUGCUGGACUGGUGGUGGGAUGGAAUCUGCUAAACCUCUCCCUGUCCCAUGGGGUCUUGUCCCUGGGGGGAUCGGGGGCUUUGGGGAGGAAGGGGGACAACUGGGAUGCUGGAACACAACUGGGCUCACUGGGAGCAACUGCUGGGGAGGAAGGAGGGUGUUCCCAUCCUGACCCCGUCCCUACAACCACUCCCAUGGAUCACCCUGGAGCAGUGCAUCCCUCAGUGUCUCAGCCGAGGCUGAGAACAUUCCACAUCGUAGAGUUAAUUUCCCCUUCCUGCCAGCUCUUCCCUAUUAACGCUGGGAUCUUGUGGGUGGUGCAAAACCCGGCAAUUAUCCGCUUUUUACUAUAAAAGAUGGAAUUCUCCUCCCCAGCCAGUGCGGAGACUACGCAGCGAGAAUCCCUGGGAACGCUGGGGUUAAGUUUCCGUGGGUGAGAUCCCUCUCCCUGAGGGCAGGAGGAGCAGGAGCUGGGAUUUUCCGAGGGUGGAUGCUCUGGAUGAAGUGGGAUGAGGUGGACGGGCAGGUCUGGCUGCCCUGCCCAGGGUGACACAGUGACACAAACCCAGCCACCAGGUGGGGUUGAAUCCAGUGAGGAAUCAACACUUCCAGGCCACGGAGAGGCUGCCACGGACUUUUUGCCUGCUUGGGAGCCAUCCCAAGGUCUGCAGGGCCCAAGAUCCCCCUGGGAGAACGUGCCCCUUGCUCAGAUCCCAGGGGAGAACGUGCCCCUGCUCCUGUGUGGCAGUUAAAUACAUAUAAAUAUAUAUGUAUUCUAUAUAUUUA